AUGGUUCUCAGCAAGACACGCAGAGAGGUGGAGGCCCCCGCCGGUCGAAGGAGGGGGCGAAAAUCCCCCCCGCUAGAUCCUCGCGACAGUGAGCGCUUCUUCCGCGAAGGGGCAAGUUGGAACGAAAUGCUCUUCCAGCAACCUCCUCGAUCAUGUAUCGGAUUGGUGGAGAAAGAUGGAAGGGCGGUGGAAGGCCCCGCAUACACUGAAAUAAAGGUCCAACCGGAUGGAGAUUAUCUACGAAUUGGUGAUCUGAUCUAUCCUUGUAGCGAAUUGGAUUGUGGGUUUAUUCACCCUUUACAGCAAGAAGGGCUACUCUGGUUCGGAAGACUGGUUAGCGCAGAGCAACUGAAGAAAUAUCCUUCGCUAGGACCUUGGCGACAGAAAGACGGAAGUCAUGGAGAUAUCCUGCAGAGCCAGGUGGUCCAUGCUACAUCGCAAUAUCUACGAGAUUGUGAUGUUGUGUUCUUCACUCUCGAAUGCGGGGAGGCUCGGGGCCGGUAUGUGGAUAAAUACGAUUAUAACGAAACUGCGAAGCGUUUGGUCGUCUGGCUACGUAACCUGCGGAUGAGUCUUGUGCCUGAUCGCAUAUCUAUUCCAAUGCCGUCGACCUAG